AUGAGACGUUCUGGUGCAUACGAGGAUGAUCCAUCCCAGGAAAAACCCACAUCAUCACCUUCAAAACAGUCGAAGCAGAAAAGGCCAACAAAAUUUAGGGAAAGGAUGCGCAAAUGGUUACAAAGUGGAAAAAGUAACGAUCAUCAGGAGGAAGAAGAAGUCCCUAAAAUUUUUAACAGAAUUCUUUACCCACAAUCAGACAUGACAGCCUUUAACAAUGAUGAUUAUGGAGAGGGUGAGGAUAUUACAAACAAUUUUUUUUUGCCCAGUGAAGAUGAAUCUGGUCCGUUUCAAAGCAGCCUUAAGACAUUUUUAACUGGAAAUAAUGAUGAAAAUACAGAAUCGCAACCCAAUCAAAAUCCAAAGCAGCAAUCUGAACGCCCCAAUUCGCCUUAUCGACAAUGGCCCACGCAAGAAAUACCUUUAUUGAAGGACCUUUUCAUCACUAACAAAUACGAUGAUCCCUAUUUGAACUCUUCCACAAAAUUUGGUAACAUAACUUCAACCUUUCCUAGUAGUUUAUCAUUAAGGACUGUCACCUUACAAACGAUAAAAAGAAGAAUCGAUUGUAUUUCUGCUAAAAAGAAAGAGGUCUGGAAAACAGAAGAAAAAUUCCUGAAAGACAUCUUAAUGUGGCUACAGAGCUCGAAUUUUGAGGAUCCUGACACAAUUUCAUUAAUCCAUGAAAUCGAAAAGAUUUUUGAGCAAGAUAUCCUCUUCGAACAGAAUAUCUCAGACUGCUUGAGAGAAAUUUCGAAUAAUUUUGAAUUUAUCUGUAUGAGAGAGACUCAGCUAAUCAAUGAGGGGAAUAUCUUGAAAAAUGAUUUGAAAAAGUAUGCAAAAUCAAGAGAACAUAAAAGUGAAAAACAUGAAGAUACUGAGGUCCUAAGAGAAAAGGUAAUAUCUUCACAAAAAUCAUUUGAUGUUGUAAAACGACACUACAAACAUGCAAUAGCAAUUACAACAAGACAACUAUUCAUGAAUUUGGCUUUUGAAUACUAUGAAAAUUGUUCGGAUAUGAAAGAUGUUUCAAGAAGAUACUUACAGGAAUCCUUGUCAACUUUACAAAAUAUUGACACCCUAGAAUUCUCCGAAGAGUUAGAAAGAAUUAGGAAAAGAAGGUUUGAUAAGUUUUGGGCAAAAACUAAUCCAGAUCCGACAAACAACAUUCAAAAGUUUGUUAAUAUGAGAACAGGGGUAGCAGGAUUUAACGAUUCAUUAAUGAAUAAUUUGUAUGAAAAAUUGCGUUUUGGCGUAGCGCCACUUGAGGAAGAACUGCAAAGUUCGCGACCUGAGCUCGCUGGUCUACAAGAAAAUGUCUGGAACGAGGUCCUCUCGGAUUACAGUUCAGUAGAAAACAAUCCUAUUACUUCAAAUAAGUUCUUAUCUGCUAAAGAAGCUGAACCAGAUCAAUUAGUAAGACCUUCUAAUCAAGAAGAAAAGGAAGAAAGGGAUAAUUACCCCUCAACUGCAAAUGUUCAACAGGAAUCAUUUCAUGGAAAAAGAAAAGAAAACCUAGAAUCCAAUGAUUCCUUAGUUUUAAGGAGCGCUAAGAGAAAUAUAAAUAUCAACGCAGCUAGUUUGAGAAAUCUAUCCACUAAAAAAACUCAAAUAAAACCAGAAUCUGCUAGUGAAGAAAGUAAAGUUCUUGCUGCGGCAUUGGAUGAUGCAAAGCAAAAUUUGGACGAAAACGUCUGGAAAAGCCCAAUCUAA